AUGAUGACGAUGACGAUGAUCCGGAUGAUGAUGAUCAUGGUGACUGAGAGGAUGAUGAUGAUGAUGAUGAUGAUGAUGAUGAUGAUGAUGAUGAAUGGGAUGAUGAUGAUGAUGAUGAUUGUGAUGAUGAUGUUUCGGAUGAUGAUGAUGAUGAUGAUGAUCUCGGAUGAUGAUGAUGAUGAUGAUGAUGAUGAUGAUGAUGAUGAUGAUGAUGAUGAUGAAUCUGAUGAUGAUGAUGAUGAUGAUGAUGAUGAUGAUGAUGAUGAUGAUGAUGAUGAUGAUCAUGAUGAUGAUGAUGAUGAUGAUGAUGAUGAUGAUGAUGAUGAUGAUGAUGAUGAUGAGACAUGA